AUGGAUUUACAAGCACAAGAUUUUAAUACAAAUUCUCGUUUAAAUCAACUUAAUUCAAACAGUUUUUUGCAAGGUGUUGAUAAGAAUUCGAUAGAGUCACAAAAAAAGGUGCAAGGGGACAAAAUAUUGAAGACUUUAGAACAAUCAAAAUUCUUGAGCGAUUACCUAUCACAAAUAAACGUGGCAGAUCAUAACGCAUCUCAUGAUGAAAUGGAAAUUCCAAGUUGUAUAGCUUUUUCAACGCGGAAAAUUGAGACAAGAUUUAUUAAUCAAGAAUUGAUAACACGCACAGUUGAAUUCGAUAAGUUGAUGGCAAAAAUCGACAAUAUUGAGCAUGUGUUAAGACAAAACAUAAUUACUAUAAAAGAAGAAAUGUCUACAAUCGGUUCAUCAUUAACGGAUGAAGUACAAAAUUCACACAAAGUAAUUUUUAAUGAUAAAAAAGAAAUAUUUAGGGAAGAAAUAAGCAAAUUGAUUCCAAAGUUAAUUCAAGACAUAAAUUUGAAACAUGAAGAAAACACAAAGUCUUUAGAGCAAUCGCUUUCAGAAUUAAAGAGAGAGUUUACUAUUCAUCAACAAAUGCUUGAACAUGUUCUUGAAAAUCAAAAAAUAGCCAAUUGUCAACAAUGUUUAAGCGCGCCAACAGGUGGUACGGGUAGCACCGGUAGUUUACUGUCAACCAAAAUGGAAACGAAAAGAUACAAUACAAUUGUAAAGCAAGAAGAAGAGAUAGAAUAUUCCAUGAAUAAAUCACCAACACGGAGUAUUAAUACACGAAUUGAGCAAGUAUUAGACAGCAAACUACACGUGAAAGAAGCAAAUAAAAUAGGGGAACAAGAAUUUACGUUCCAAGAACCGAGCUUUGACAGGAGAGGAAUUAUGACGCAAAGCAGAAACUCACCAUCGAUUCAUACACUUAAAAAAUCCGAACAAAGAUACAUAAAAAGAAAGUUGAUAAUAGACGUUGAUUUAGAGCAAGAAAUUAAAGAAGCGUUAAGUAAUCGAAAUAACAAGCAAUUAAAACGAUAA